UGUUUCCCCAGCAAACAAUGGCAAUGCUGGUGCGGCAGGCGAGCCCGCUUGGCCGACCGCUCGCUUCCAUGCUAACCAGUACACACCUAACAGCACGAUCUGCAUUGAAUCACGGCGCCAUCCUUGUGCAAACGCCAGUCGCCGCAAGCACGAGGAUGACCGCACGCUGCCUGGAGCACCGCCGAUGCGUCUCCACUGCUGCCACCAUGCUUGGCUACUCUGCAAGCUUACUCGUGUCCGCUCCAGGUCGAGCUGCUCUGCGCACGCGAGCUUAUUCCACUCAGCCUCAAGGCGGCGAUCAAGCAGGCGGAAGCUCGUCCUCAUCGUCUUCAUCCUCCUCAUCGUCCUCCUCCUCCUCCUCCUCAUCGUCGCAGUCCAAGCAAGGCCAGCGAAGACACACAGGCAAUGCAGCUCACGAGGAAAACCGCCGGCGGAACAAGAGCAUGGGCAUGUAUGUCGCUGCGGUCGGGCUGCUGACGGCCGGUUUGGCGUACGCCGCAGUGCCGCUCUACCGGAUGUUCUGCAUGGCGACGGGAUAUGGCGGCUAUGUGCGCACGGAUACCCACGGCGGAGGCGAGGAUGACGAUGGCGAGUCUGCCGUUGCGCGCGCAGAACGCUUCACCCCCGUCAAGGAGCGCAUCAUCAAGAUCCAGUUUAACGCAGACACAGCUGCAUCCAUGCAGUGGAAGUUCCAUCCAGUGCAGCGAGAGAUCCAGGUCAUUCCAGGCGAACCCGCGCUCGCAUUCUACAGCGCGACCAAUCCGACCGACAAGCCGAUUGUGGGCAUUUCGACCUACAACGUCCUGCCCUACGAGGCAGGCGUGUACUUUAACAAGAUCCAGUGCUUCUGCUUUGAAGAGCAACGCCUCGGCCCGCACGAGCAGGUGGACAUGCCCGUGUUCUUCUUCAUUGACCCCGAGUUUGACAAGGAUCCCGCCAUGCUUGGCAUCGACACCAUCACCCUCUCGUACACUUUCUUUGCUUCCAAGAACACUCAGGCCAGGCCUCUGGCACCACUUGGGCCGACUGAUGACAGCUCAGCAACGGCAACUGGAGUGUCUUUGCCCUUACCGCAGCCAGCAUGAUUGUUUUUUUUUUUUUUUCAUCAACAACCGCCAGAUUCAAGCUGUGCACAUUGCUUCAUUUCCAAGCACCCCCCCCUUGCCAAAGUAACAAUAGAAUACACCAGUACUUUAUCAAACCUUCUUUUAUUUGUUGAUUCGCAAAAUUACAAAAAUAAAUAAAUGUGCCGCG